AUGCUUACAUCCUGCCCCACCACCAACGCCCAGCAUGCACCAGUGUACACCAUUGGCAAGAGGGGAAGCAGCAGGGACUUCCGCUCGACACCGGAUCAGAUUCGGGACCUGGGCGCCAUCAUCCACAGCUCGCCACGCGGCGGCGAGGUCACGUUCCAUGGCCCUGGGCAGCUGGUCGCCUACCCGAUCGUGCACCUGAGAGAUCGGCAACUCGGGGCCCGUGCGUAUGUGGAAAGUCUGGAGGAUGCCCUCAUAGACAGCCUGAGAGAGUACGGCAUCAAAGCCAGGGGUCGGGUGCCCGGCGGGACCGGUGUCUGGGUGGGCGACCGGAAGAUCGCUGCAGUGGGGGUCCGCAUCUCUAGAGGCGUCGCCUCGCAUGGCAUCGCCCUGAACGUCUGCACAGACCUCUCCUGGUUCCGGCACAUUGUGCCAUGUGGCUUUCGAGACAAGGGCGUCACCAGCAUUGCCGCCGAGCUGGGUCAGGCGAAUGUAGGCGUGGAGGAGGCUGCUGCAGUGUUCACUGAGGCUUUGGGGAGGAGGCUGCUGUAUGGCACGCUUGAGAGCGUGGGGGAAGCCAUCCCUGCUGUGGUGGGUGCCAUCUGA